UCCCUGAGAAAAAGAACUAAGUUUGUGUCCACAGAUAUCAAUCAAACCCUCUCUCCAUCCAUUUCCAAUCCAAAUUAAAUUCCCAUUUCUUGUUGAUCAAGCAACCCAACCCAACCCAACCCUAAUGGGCGCAAUUGCAACACAAACAAGAUGUUUGGAAUCAACAUCCAUUUGUUGUUAUUCUGCUGCUGAUGAUAAACCUUCUUCUUCCCCUGUUUUCCUCUCCACAAAGAAAUCGUUUUUGAGUGGCGGAUUCCGAAUAAACCAGUUUCUUAGAUUAGAUUAUGCUCGGAGAUUCAGAAAGCGUGCAGGUCUUGUGAUAUCACCAACCUGUGUUCUUCCACUGACCGAAGAAAAUGUGGAGAAAGUCUUGGAUGAGGUUAGGCCCGGACUUAUGGCUGACGGUGGAAACGUCGCCUUACAUGAAAUUGAUGGUCUUGUUGUUGUGUUAAAACUUCAAGGAGCGUGUGGGUCGUGUCCAAGUUCAACAAUGACAUUAAAAAAUGGAAUUGAGACUCGGCUCAGAGACAAAAUUCCGGAAAUUAUGGACGUUGAACAAAUCAUGGACACUGAAACCGGGCUUGAGUUGAAUGAGGAGAAUGUUGAAAAGCUUCUUGCAGAGAUUAGGCCAUACUUGGUUGGCACAGGUGGCGGCAUUCUCGAGUUUGUUGAAAUCAAGGACUGUGAUGUUAAAGUGAGGCUCAGUGGCCCUGCAGCCAAGGUGAUGACGGUUCGGGUUGCGUUGACACAAAAACUAAGGGAAAAAAUACCCGUCAUAACUUCCGUUCAGUUAAUAGAAUAAAAAACAUUACAUAAAAAUGUCAUUCUUUAUUGUAAUUUGACAAAAAGAGGUUUAUAACGGAUUUAAAGAUUUUUAUUUUGAUUGUAUAGUAAAAGUUUACUUAUCGUUCGUU